AAUUUUGUUAUUUUCUGCUAUAGUUUCCUAAAGCCAAAGGUGACUUAGAUUGAACAUUAUUAGAGUUAAGUCUGUAGAUUCUUGUGGGUGUAUGUUGUGCUCAACAUGGUAAUUCAGCGUAUGUCAGAUUUAGUUUGGAUUGGUCAAGGAAUAUUGAAGAUAAAGAAAGCUCAACUGAGAUUGGCUUGCUCUAAGUGGGAGCAUUUCUGCAACAACAGUGGGAUGAUGCAAUCAAUUUUCCAUAGAUUUUACCAGGAUGAUAACAUGACCGAAACAGCUGAUUCUUCAAUUGACCGAUCAGAAAAGUGUCAGCAAGAGGUUGAAAACGAAUCAUACGAUCCAAUUUCUGUGAAGUCUAAUAAUAUUACCGGAACUGUCAAUCAAAAACGAGACUAUAGUACAUCUUCGUUAUGCAGAAGAAAAUAUUCACACAGACUAUUUGCAUCAUCUUCAAACUUAUUCCAACCUUAUAAACAGUUUCACUCACAUGCUAUUUUAAACUAUGCAAUAACACCUGAGGACCUGGCAAAAGUUGCUACUGUAGCUAAAAAUAAGACAUUUGAUGAUAUUCCAAAGCAUAAAGCAAAUGUUACUGGAAAUGAAGCCUACUUUAAACAACAACUCAGUAGUCGGUCAAGAGAAACGCGUGUGCCAGCAACUAGGAUUGGCAGAGUAGCUUCAUUUGGUGGUCUUGCGGCUGGUUUGAUGGUUGGGACAGUGUCAGAGCUAGCAAAAAAGACACUAGGUGUUGUUGAAUCUGGAAAAAUUGACAAAAAUUCUUCUGACAGUCUACUGAAGACAAGUUCUUUGAUGAGUGAUGCAAAUUUGGAAAGAAUUGUAAACACUCUUUGCAGAGUUCGUGGUGCUGCUCUUAAACUUGGACAAAUGCUUAGCAUUCAAGAUGAAAGUAUCGUUGAUCCAAGAUUACUUGAAGUAUUUGAAAGGGUACGACAGAGUGCAGAUUUCAUGCCAGCAUCACAAAUGAAGCAAGUACUUGUUCAAGAACUUGGGAAGGAUUGGCAAGACAAGCUUGCUCAUUUUGAGGAAAAACCAUUUGCAGCUGCUUCCAUUGGGCAGGUUCACAGGGCAGUAUUGCAUGAUGGUAGAGAAGUUGCAAUGAAAAUACAAUAUCCCGGUGUCGCAAACAGCAUUAACAGCGAUAUAAAUAACCUUGUAACACUAUUGAAAGUCUGGAACCUUUUUCCUGAAAAAUUUUUCAUCGAUAAAUUCAUCUCUGUUGCACGAGAAGAAUUAGCACUUGAAUGUGAUUAUUUGAGGGAAGCAGAAUAUUCACAAAAGUUUCGGAAAUUACUGAGUGAUGAUGAAAGAUAUCAUGUGCCUGAAAUCAUACCAGAGUUAAGUACUAAACAAGUAAUAACCACCACCAUGAUAUCUGGUGUUCCGUUAGAUCAAGUUGCUAAUAUGGAUCAAGAUACGAGAAAUUUUGUUGCAAGUGCAAUGCUCAAUCUACUAAUGAGAGAAAUAUUUGGAUUCCGUAUGAUGCAAACUGAUCCGAAUUGGUCAAAUUUCUUUUAUGAUCCAGAGAAAAAGAAGAUCCAUUUACUUGAUUUCGGAGCUAGUCGAGAAUAUUCUGACAAGUUUGUUGAUGAAUAUAUUGAGGUAGUACGAGCUGCAUCAUUAGGUGAUAGAAACACUGUCUUAGAAAAAUCAAGAAAUUUAAAAUUUUUAACAGGAUACGAAUCAAAGGUUAUGGAGGAUGCUCACAUUGACGCAGUAAUGAUACUUGGUGAGCCUUUUGCAAAAGAUGGAGAAUUUGAUUUCACCACUCAAGACACAACUCGUCGCAUAGUUAGCCUAGUGCCAACUAUGAUGGAGCAUAGACUCACUGCACCACCAGAAGAAAGCUACUCUUUACAUCGCAAACUUUCUGGCGGUUUCUUGAUUGCGUCAAAAUUGAAAAGCAAAUUUGAAUGCAAACAUAUAUUUGAUAGGUUAUAUGAUGCAUAUCAUGACCAAAAAGCAAAGAUUGUUGGAUGAAAACAGAAAUUGGACUGUGUAGUUUGACUUUCUCAUUCUUGCCAAAAACUAUUAUUUUCAUAUUAUAAAGAUUACUGAAUCAAGCAAUUUUUAGUAGUUUGGGGAUGAAAAAAAUCUAGAUGAAUUUUCGCAAGAAUAUGCUAAAAAAUAUGUAUAAUGUUUCAAUAUACAAAAGUUCGCUUUUGUUCAAGAUUUGAGUAUGUCUUGUAAUUUAUAUGCAGAUUCGUUGAAUAUUGGGAAUGAGGCAUUUCAGUGUAAUGUAUCAGUACUGACAAUUAACGAAUUUAUAUUUGUACUUCUUCACACUGUGGAAUUGUGUGAUAGUGAAUACACACGCUCUUCAUGUAUGUUGUUGGAAUUUAUAUAGCAAUUACACACGUAUGGUAAAAGAUCAUGAAA